AUGGGCCAAGAAGCCUCCAAGCCGAAGCCUGGGACCAAGCUCCAGGUCAUCGGGGCCGGCCUCCCCCGAACCGGCACGGCCUCCUUCAGCAAAGCCCUCGAAAUCCUCCUACACGGGCCCGUCCACCACGGCGGCACCCAAGUCACCAGGGGCCCGGAAUCCGAGAUCCGCUCCUGGAUCGCCGCCCUCGAGCACACCCCGAUCAAAUCAGCUGAGGACGACAAAGUCGUCCGGGAGACGCUGAGAAACCACCUGGACGACGGCUUCGCCGCCGUGCUCGACGUGCCCGGCAUGCUCUUCCUCGAGGAGCUGCUCGAGAUGCACCCCGGCGUCAAGGUCAUCUGCACCGUCCGCGAUCCGGACGCGUGGGUCCGCAGCAUCCAAAAGACGGGCAACGCGUCUCUGCAGGCCUUUCUGUCGUUUGCACUGUUUCUCGUCCCGACCAUGCGCUGGUUCCCGCGGUACAUUGAUGCGAUCCCCAAGGGUCGCUGGGGCGAGCUGUUUCCUCACGAAGCUCCUGUGCCGGACCGCGCCGUGUGGGACACCCACCAGGCGUGGCUGAGAAGGGUGGUGCCCGCGGAUCAGCUGGUGUUCUACCAUGUUAAGGACGGGUGGGAGCCUUUGUGCAAGGCUCUCGGGAAGCCGAUCCCGGAUGUGCCGUUUCCGAACGUCAACGACGGGGACGCUAUGGAUGCUUUUGCGAAAGAGCAGAUCAUGCGCGGGCUGGCUCGGUGGGCGGUUGUGUUUGGCGGCGUCGCGGCAGUGGCUUGCGGUUGGUGGUGGAUGCGGUGA